GGCGGUUCGCGGGUUGGUGCUGCUUGAGAUUGUAACGUCUUUGGCUCAUGCCCUCGGACGCACGUGCGUUCUUCGAGACGCACCGCGCGCUCUUCGAGUACGACACGUACUUUCCUGGACAGGACCCGUGCGCGUCAGCGUCAUCCGGGCAUUCGUUUGCCCAGCUCUGCGCACCGUCGUCGUCGGUGUCAUCGUCCUCCUUUGCAGACGCCAUGACGGCGUUGACUGCGUCGGCCGUGCCCACGAUCAGGCCGCCGCCACCGACACCAAUGGCGACGACCUACUGGACAAAGCCGCUGGUGGUGCAGCUGCCAUCGCGACCGGUAGCCCGACCGUACUACGAAGCACGGCCACAUUACGUGGGUCCGAGGGAGAGUGCAUUUCCGCCGCCGCUGUCGCAGCCACCGGUAGCCGCAGCACUGAAGCCUGCGGUACCAGAGCCGCUUCCACUGCAGCCGACCGCCCCUGUCACUGCGACGCUGCCGCCCAUGACGCUCGUCGCCAAGGCGCACGAGUCGUCGUCCAAAGCCAAUGGGACGUUGGCGCCAACCAAAGAGCUCUCGCGCCAAGCGUCGGCGACCAGCAAUCCUUUGCCGAGGGGGCCACCACUGCUCGACAGCUCGGUGCGCGCCUACACGCGCAAGGUCGACAUGGCGCAGAAGAUCGAGAUGCUCGUGGGCCCCAAAUUUGGCCGUGUGUUUGGCCCGAGCAGCAACCUCCCACUGGGCGUGAAGCGGCGGCUUGAGGCGUACGCGAGAUUAGACCAGCGCAAAGAGGCCUUGUACCAACUGCUUCUGAGCGAACAGCACGCCCUCGUAGCCCUUCGCCAUACUCGAUAACACUGAUCAUACGUUGCUGCGUCA